AUAUUUUUUUAUUCUAUAUUUAUUUAUCAAUUCAAUCAUCAUGGCUAUACAUAUGCCAGGAACAGCAUUUAAAUCAAAGAUAUACACAAUCCUAAACAAGUUCACAAACAUAGAGCGAUGCAAACGAAAGCACAGUCAAGAUACAACACAUACAACAGAGCAUCCUUCUGUAAGAAAAUAUAGUGAUGCCACAUCGGUGGGCACAUAUGAUUCAACAGCAAGUGUCAUAGAUAGAUUUCGGCAUGCAUUGCCAUUCUUUCGCGGUAGAGGUUCAUUGAAUAUAUCACCAGUAGAAGAAAUGUCUAUGUCAGAACCAUUUGAUUAUUCAAAAGAAUUAGAAAAGUUACAUUCAUUAUACACUUUAGCCCAAGAUGAGCUUAGUUAUGCUGAAGAUUCUAUUGGCUCUUUUUAUUACUCUGGCGAUAUCCUUGCUGCGCGAGAAGCCUUAGAUAACUGCAUCAGUAAUUUUAUGCAGCUGCUUGAACAUAUAUCGGAUCCUGUUACACGUGAAGAAUUAAGAUCCUCAAUGACACCCAAACUAGUUCGACUACAGUCGAAGAUAGCUGGAUUACCCUUAGAUGAACCACCCAAUCGUCUCGAUAAUCACUACCAUAAUGAUUACUAUUAAUAAUAUGUGUGUAAAUAAAUAACUUUCUUUCUUGUACAUAAAUACAUAUCAUUUGCUGAAUUUCAAAAAUACCAUCUACAAAAUAUACAUAUUUGUAAAUAAAUCAAUUAUAAUACGCCGUAAAAGGAAUAGGACAUUACCCCAUAUUCCAGGAUUCUUAAUGAUGGGAACAUUGUUUAGGAUAAUCUUUUAGGAAGAAGACGAUCAAUACAUAUUGAUUUGAAAGAGCCCCUUUUUUAUAUAAUAAAGAAAAUAAGUCUCAUUGUGCAUAUUCUAUUAUCCUGAAAAGAAGUAAAGAAAUCUUUGGA